GUUGAAUAAAUUUUAUAGAAUUGACGUACUAGAUUUUUGUGCUAUCAAAUAAUAAUAUUAUUAAAAUUAAUUUAUCGAUACUGAGUUAUAGAGUGUUUAUCAUAUUUUAUGCAAAAAAUAGUACUAGAAUCUAGCCUCUGUUGCCGAAAAGGUUAAAAGUGGGCAUAAAUAAUAGAUAUAUUAAUAUACAAAGAGAACGAAUUAAGGUGGACUGAAACUUUAGUGUGUGUAAAGUAAUUAGUAGAUGCCAUUGCUAUUGUAAUUAUAAAGAAUUGAACACUAUCGAUCCUAACUGCUGUCGCUUUGGAGCUAAAGCACAUUACAUCAAGGUCAAAGAGCCGUAUUGUGGAAGUUUUGACUCAAUAUAAAUUGCAACAAAAAUGCAGUGCUGCGUGCCGUUCUGUGUAAAUACUUCAGACAAUGCGUCAACAUCUGAGGGAACAGGAAUUACUUUUCAGAAGUUACCCAGUAAAGAAAAUCUCCGUGCUGCUUGGCUCAAAGCCCUCGGCAUACAAGACCAUCACCUGCCCGACCCUGCUGUGGUCUGCUCACAGCAUUUUAUAGAUGAAGACUUUUAUACAACAAAGAGUUGUAGAAGGCAGAUUCGCUCUGAUGCCAUACCUUCAACAGUGCAGAUGUGCAUGAUAUGCCUGGACUCUGACAGCAAGCUGUUUCUAAUGAGUAAACACAAGUUGGAGGAGGCAUAUCAACAGCUGACUGGACUGUCUUUGUUUCAGUUGUGUGCGCGAACAAACCUGCAGGACGCUGUGUGUGUGCUGUGUGCUCAGAGAUUGAGAAACUUCCGGAGAUUGAGAGACUUGAGCUUGAGAGCUCGCUCAGUUGUGAUGGACUCGAUACAGAAAUAUGAAUUAAUCACAAUGCAGAACAUGAAAAUGAUGAGACAAACAACAAAACAACUGAAACCUAAUUUUGUAUCUACAACCUUAGGACCAGACAACUGUGACUUGUACAUAGACCACACAUAUGAAGACCGACAGACAAAAUCACAGGAAAACAUAGGCAAAAACAUUGCAACAAAAGGGGUGAAACCACAGGAAAAAAUAAGCAAAAACAUUGCAACUGAAGAGAUGAGAUCACUGCAAAAUACAUUUAUCACAUGUCAUAAUAAUGAAGAACAGACAAAAUUACAAGAAAACAUAAUUGAAAACAAUGCAAGAAAAGAAGUGAAAUCACAGGAAAAUAUAGCAAAAAACUUUAUCACAUGUCAUAAUAAUGAAGAACAGACAAAAUUACAAGAAAACAUAAUUGAAAACAAUGCAAGAAAAGAAGUGAAAUCACAGGAAAAUAUAGCAAAAAACUUUAUCACAUGUCAUAAUAAUGAAGAACAGACAAAAUCACAGGAAAACAUUGUAACAAAAAACGUGAAAUCACAGGAAAAUAUAGCAAAAAACUUUGUCACCCAUGUAGAUCAACAGGCAAAAUAUUAUACACAGGACAUUACAGUAAAAAAUAUUGCCACAAACGAAGAUAGUUGGGAUUCAGUGUGGAUUGUUCAGAAUAUAGAAGUGAUAAACGAAGAUAACAAUCAAACAGAUAAUCUCAACAUUGAGAACUUACCCAACGAAUAUGCCGACAGUAGCAUAUCAGUGAAAAUUGAACCAAUGGAUGAUAGUAAUGAUAUCCAGAGAAACGAAUCAUCAUCAUCAUCAGCCGAUGGACGUCCACUGCUGGACAAUAGCGUCUUGUAUAGACCGAAGACCACAGUCUCAAGUCGCCAGCAUCCAGCUUCCAAUCCGCUUGAUAUCCUCACCCCAUCUAGUCAGGGGUCGACCAACACUGUGCUUUCAGGUGAGGGGUCGCACCAGCACCUUAGGACACCAAUGUCCAUCGGCUCAUCAUUGCCACUUCAGCUUUGCGACUCGCUGCAUUCAAAAGAAGAUGACAAUUUCAGUGACCACUUGGUAUCUAGUGAAGCGAACAAAGUGACAGUGAAAGUAAAAUCAUUAGUGACUAUAUGUGAUAGUGUUCGGAAUACAGAAGUUAAACAGAAAACGAAUGCACAGAAUACAAUAAAGUGUGCAAAUUUCAAAUGUCCGCAUUGUUUUGAGGAAUUCGAGCGAGGCAAGGCGUAUUUUGAACAUGUGAGCACGCAUGUCCAGACGGACAGAGCUGCGGGAUAUGAUUUAACACAAAUGAGCGAACUACAUGGUACAGAGAACUGGGAAUCGGUCACGUUUACCAACAAGAAAGAAUUAAAUACUGACUCUUCAUCGUCGGACUGUGAAGACAAUUUAGGUGUUCCAUUAUCCGAAAUCAGAGCGCGAGCUAUACAGAAACGCAAAACGACGAAUGAGAUGAAAAUUCAAGAAGUGAAUGAGAAUCCACACAUGAGCACCGACACUGGCGAAGACCCUUAUACUUGCAAGAUUUGCAAUUUAAAAUGUGCAUUCAAGAGUUAUUACACCAGACACAUGAGAAGCCACACUGGUGAAAAGCCUUAUGCAUGUGAGGUGUGCGAUUAUAAAUGUGCAGUUAAAAGCACAUUGGCCAGACACAAACAAACUCACACGGGUGUAAAGCCUCACAUUUGUAAAAUAUGUGAUUAUCAGUGUGCACGGAAAAGUCAUUUACUCCUCCACAUGAGAACCCACACUGGUGAGAAACCGUUUUCUUGUGAGAUAUGCGGUUGUAAAUACACACAGAAAGGUAGCUUGAUUUCACACAUGAGAAUCCACACUGGCGAGAAACCUUAUAGUUGUGAUUCGUGCGAUUACAAAUGUGUACAACAAAGUACUCUAGAAAAUCACAAGAGAACCCACACUGGUGAAAAGCCUUUUGCUUGUGGGAUAUGUACUUACAGAAGUUCGAAUAGAAGUGAUUUAACGAAGCAUAUAAGGGCACAUCAGCAUUGUAAAGAAGGUCUAAAAUCGAAGCCUAGACCUGAUCUUCGCACUAAUAAAAGCCCAAAAUUCUUACGAAAUUCAUGUUUUAUUAUUGAAGAAGAGACAAAAUCACAGGAAAAUAUGGCAAAAAGCUUUGUCAAACAUACAAAUGAAGACCAAAAGACAAAAUCACAGGAAAACAUUGCCACAAACGAAGAGAGUUGGGAUUAUGUGUGGAUUGUUCAGAAAACAGAAGAGAUAAAUGAACAUAACAAUCAAACAGAUCUCAACAUUGAGAACUUUGUAUUGAACAGCAAUGAAUAUGCCGACAGCAGCAUAUCAGUGAAAAUUGAACCAAUGGAUGAUAGUGACGAUAUCCAGAAAAACGCAUCCUCUUCAUCAUCAGUUAAUGGAUGUCCACAGCUUGACAACAGCCUCUUAUAUAAACUUCCAAGCACCACAGUCUCGAGCCAACUAGGUACAAAGAACUGGGACUCUGGCAUUUUUACUAACAAGGAAGAAAUACUAGAAUUAAAUACUGACUCUUUAUCGUCAGACAGGGAAGACAAAUUGGGUGUUCCGUUAUCUGAAAUCAGAGCACAAGCAAUACAGGAAAGCAAAACAACGAUGAAAAUUGAAGAAGUGAAUGAGAAUACACACAUGAGCACCGACACUGGUGAAAACCCUAAUACUUGCAAGAUUUGCAAUUUAAAAUGUGCAUUCAAAAGUUAUUUAACCAGACACAUGAGAAGCCACACUGGUGAAAAGCCUUAUGCAUGCGAGGUGUGCGAUUAUAAAAGUGCAAUGAAAAGUACUUUGGACAGACACAGACAAACUCACACGGGCGUAAAGCCUCACUUUUGUAAAAUAUGUGAUUAUCAGUGUGCACGAAAAAGUCAUUUACUCCUCCACAUGAGAACCCACACUGGUGAGAAACCGUUUUCUUGUGAGAUAUGCGGUUGUAAAACCACACAGAAAGGUAGCUUGAUUACACACAUGAGAAUCCACACUGGUGAGAAACCUUAUAGUUGUGAUUCGUGCGAUUUCAAAUGUGUCCGACAAAGUUCUUUAGAUAAUCACAAGAGAACCCACACUGGUGAAAAGCCUUUUGCUUGUGGGACAUGUACUUACAGAAGUGGGAAUAGAGGUGACUUAACAAAUCACAAGAGAAUCCACACUGGUGAAAAGCCUUAUGCUUGUGGGAUAUGCACUUACAGGAGUGCGAUUAGAGGAGAUUUAACAAAGCAUAUAAGGGCCCAUCAGCAUUAUAAACCGAAGAAGAAGGUCUAAAAUCAUAUGACCUGACCUUCUUACUGAUAAAUGCCCAAAUUCUAACGAAAUUUAAAAAAGAUAAUUCAUUAAUUAUACUAAUAUUGCUGUAGAUACUAUGAAAACCCAAAAAUAUAUUAUAAAUAUUUUAGAUCUUCCACCGUAUCGCAGUAAAUCCAAUAGAAUAUGGGCACAACUAAAAAUUCACGGAUAAAUAAUAAAACUAAAAAAUCAAGCGAACUUAAUAUAUGAACUGGACUAUACCAAAUUGGUAAGGUGUAUUAGGUGUAUAUUGUAGCUAUCAUAUUUAAUAGGCUUAGGUAUAAUAAUACUGAAAAUAUACGGAUCUUAGAUCAAUAAUGAAAAAAAUCCGCGAAAAAAACGAAAAUAAACUAAUUUACCCUCUUUCAAAAUUAAUACUCCACAGCUCCGGCCCAUACGCAAUGUCAAUAAAAAUUUACAACAACCUUCCAGACCGUAUACGUAAUGAGGCGAAAGAUAUUGCUUUCAAAAAGAAAUUAAGGGACUUAGUGCUAUUACACGGUGAAUGACUACUUGAAUGACAAAUAAAAACAAAAAAUAAAAUCGGUCUCCCUAUCACUCACUCGACAAAAGGCUACGCCCAAACUGGGUAUCCAUAACUUGCAUUAUGUAAUAAAAUGUAACUUGUAAUUAUUAUUAUUAUAUUGUAUAAUAUAAUAAAUAAAUAAAUAAAUAAAUAAAUAAAAAUAGAUCAAAUAUUUUAGAUCCUCCACCAUACUACUGUAAGUUAAAUCCAAUAGAUUUAAUAUUAUCACAACUAACAAUGUGAAGAAAUAAUAAAACUUUUAUAAAUUAAGCGAACUAUACCAUUUAAGAAAGGGCUUUAUUCAGUGCCCAUUUUAUUUAUAAAUAUUUAACAGUUAUAAAUAUUGAAAAAUAUAUGUAUAUUGGAAUAAUAAUAAUUUAAAACUGUAUAUAAUGCGACAAAUAUAUUGUAAAUAUUUUAUAUCUUCCAUCAUAUCACUGUAAAUUAAAUCCUAUUGAUAAAUUCAAUGGGCACAACUAAAAAUCUAUGGAGAAAUAAUAAAACUAAAAAAAUUAAAUGAACUUAAUAUAAGAACUGGAUUAUACUAAAUUGGUAAGGUGUGUUAGUCAGGUGUCUAUUGUAUUUCAGAGCCUCAAUAGCUCAACGGUAAGAGCGGUCGGACUCAUCACCGAGGGGUGGUGGUUCGAUCCCCGCCCCGUUGGUCUAUUGUCGUACCCACUCCUAACACAGUCUUUGUCGACUAGUUGGAGGGGAACGAAAUUCAAAAUUCAAAAUUCAAAAUUCAAAAUUCAUUUAUUUCAAGUAGGCUCAGUUUACAAGCACUUUUGACACGUCAGUUGACUAUUUGUAAAGAUUCUACCACCGGUUCGGAAGGCAGGUUCUGCUGAGAAGAUACCGGCAAGAAACUCAACAGUUGCUCUUUUGAAAAAAGUCAUACAGUAUUACAAUUUACAUUUGAUAACAAUUAAAUUACAAUUUCUUAUAGUUUUAUUUCCUGUGUGAAGGUGGAAGCUGAUCCAAUGGCCUCCAAGCACCUUUGUCGUUAAGGAACUCAUCAAUAGUGUAGUAACCUCGACUAAGUAAACGACGAUAUUAGUCAUAUUUAAAAGAUAUAGCAAAUAUUCUUUUACAAAAAAAAUAAUAAUUUUAAAUAUUUAAUGGACCUAGCUUAAUGGACUUAGCUUAAUGAGCUGUGAUAGCCCAGUGGAUAUGACCUCUGCCUCCGAUUCCGGAGGGUGUGGGUUCGAAUCCGGUCCGGGGCAUGCACCUCCAACUUUUCAGUUGUGUGCAUUUUAAGAAAUUAAAUAUCACGUGUCUCAAUCGGUGAAGGAAAACAUCGUGAGGAAACCUGCAUACAUGAGAAUUAUCUUAACUCUCUGCGUGUGUGAAGUCUGCCAAUCCGCAUUGGGCCAGCGUGGUGGACUACUGGCCUAACCCCUCUCAUUCUGAGAGGAGACUCGAGCUCAGCAGUGAGCCGAAUAUGGGUUGAUGACGACGAAUGGACUUAGGUAUAAUUGUAGCAAAAUAUACGAAUCUCACAAUAAUAAAAAAUUAAAACUGUAUACAUAAUGCGACAAAUGUAUUGUAAAUAUCUUCCAUAAAAUCACUAAAUUAAAUCCUUUAGAAAUAUAUGGGCACAACUAAAAAUUCAUAGAGAGAUCAUAAAAUUUAUAAAUUAAGCUAAUUUGAUAUAUGAACUAGAUUAUGCCAAAUUGGUAAGCUAGACAACUGACUAACACAGUCAGGUGUCUAUUGUAUUUAUAAAUGGGCUAUUUAAAAAAAUAAUGGGCUAUUAAAAAAAUAAUUAAUCUCGGAACAAUUAAAAUAAA